CUCAAAUUCAACUUCCUACCUACAACAUCACCCUACGAGUCUUUGUAUGAGUAUAAGAACAAUGCCCCUGUCAUCCAAAACAAACAAUUUCCUAGUAUCGAAUUAUAAAAGCCUUAAUCAAUACAGUGUUCAUCCAUUCACAUCGAUAAGCUUUCCUGAUAUCGAUCGAUCGUCGCUGUUCCCCUCUGUCGAAGUUGAUUCUCCCGGAUGAUUGAAGAAUGUCAACAUAAUACUAUCAACGACUAUAACGACGACAACCAUAACCAUAACCAUCAAUCAACAUAGCCUCAAUUAUCGCAAGUCGACGAUCUUAUAAAAUAUAAAGGGCAAUUGCUUCUUGAAAAAAUUCCUUGACUCCUUCCACUUCGUUAGGUAUCUCCAAAACAUUUGACAAUACUAGAGUUAUCGAAGUGUCUGUUCGCCUCCAAAUUAAUUAAGAUCUAUUCAAUAUUGCUCUUUCUUAAUAGUAUCACGCUUGUCUAAUGUCAACAUAAGGGCCCUAUUCGCCUGACUCUACUAUAGCUCAAAUUUGGGAGCUGGUUCAAGACUGACUGGAUUACGCAAUCAAAAACACUCCAAAGUUGACUCAUCGCUCCUCGAGGUUGAAAUAAUAAUGGUCAAGUCACUUGUAGAGCUCUGCACUACAGUGUGCAUUCAAAAUAUCAAAGAGAUUUACGACAUAGGCGGCGCGCCUUAUUCAAUUGUCCGCCCAAUCCUCUUAAAGAUCAACGAUGCCGAGCAGCUGCUUCAGCUCGAGCAGCUAUCGCCCCACAUCCAAGGUGACGAUGCCGAAUGCUGGCAGCGUCUCAUCGAUCGUGACUUCCCUCACCAAGUGAAAAAGCAUACCAUUGUGCCGAAAGAUUCUACUCGGUGGUCUAAGGUAUACCAGAAGUACAAGAAGUUGGACGCAGAAGAAAAGAAGGAGGCCUUGGCGAAGUUGAAUAACGGCUUCAAGAACAUUACGAAGGAGAAGCAGGCCAAGGCUGUCAAAGCUGUAAACUUCAAUACGAGAGUUCACGGCCGUAUUCCGGGUCAGCGCAAAACCGGACUACCUGGUGGCCGACAUGUGGCUGGUUCGGGAGGACUAACUUGGGGCGGCGGAUCGCGAACUAAGACGAGCUCUGCCCAGGGCAUCAUGCAAAAGGCCCGACGAGAGGCCGCCGAGAUUGCUCGUAGAAAGCAGCUGUCCACACCCACUGGUCAGCUUCUGGUUCGUCAGGGACAGAUCACCCAAGCCCCGCGAGGUAUGGUCGAGGAGCACAGAAUCAAGUCUCUUCCCGACAUUGCUGUGCGCAAAAGAUGCUAUAUUAAACCACCCACGCUAGGCAUCGGAGAACGCUGGGAGCGCCAACAAAAGGAACGCGAGGCGCGAUUGCUCAAGGCCCAGAGCGCACCUGUUAUCAAAGGUGUUACCGUACUUUCGGACGAUGAUCUUGACCAAGAUGACGUGGACAAUUAUUCGGAUUCGGAGCAAGAAGGUGGUUUGAAUGUCGAGGAUCUGGAGAGCUUCUUCGAUGAAAAGAAGCCUACUUCAACUACACCCACUAAGCCCGCGCAGACACCUUCUAUGCCCAAGCCCGGCUCUACAUUGUCUGGCCUUGCAAAGAUGAAGAUGGGCCACUCCUGGAAGGACAGACCUACUAGAAUCGAACGGGUCGUCGAAACUACGAAGCCAUCUACAUCGCAAGCAUCGAAACCUUCUACUUCAACUUCUCCGCCCCCGCGACCUUCGAUGCAGUCGGAACAGCUUUCUCCCCCUCCUAGUGCUGGUGUUGCAGGCGCCGACUCGAAGCCCAAGCCUAAGCUACCGAUGGGUCUGAAGCGCAAGGCACCUAGUGUCUUCAUGCCACCCAAGCCGAAAGCUCGACGGAUGUCCUAGAGGACACGUGCUUCCUUGACCGCGUAGCUCAAAUUUACGGUUACGGCGGUACAAGGAUCAUUGACGGGUCAUGACCUUCAUCGCCAACAUCAGGACCCCUUAAGGAAUUGUCUAACGAAACUGGUUUACACGAUACCUGGAUUUUUCUUUCAUGGCUCUUAUUCUAUGGGAGUACAAGGCUUCCUAUACUAGCAUGGCGUAUAAGGAGCACGGCAUUGACUGAUGAUAUUACGGAGUUACAAGAGUCAUCCUCACGGCGGCGAAAGGUAGAGGAAACUGCCAUAACCUAUCGCCCUACUUCAACCAAAUUCUUCUAUUAUCCUGAUGUUACUAGUAUCAUGAUAGACAUACGUGGUGGAGUCAGCAUAUGCUUGUUCACAAUGGGUAAUCUAUGUACCCACAUAUGCGACGAGAAAAGGUGACGAGGCAUACUGCGUUUUCAUUUAUAUAGGCGUAUGGAGACAUCAAUGAAUUCAAUGCCCCAAGUACUAUCAUGUUUAAAUUUCCAUACAUCAAACUUAA